AUGAGCACGGGUGUUAUUGGGGCGAUAGCAAACCCCGCAAAUAUCUUGAUCGAUGAAAUUGGGGAUGUCUGGCGGGUAGAUUUUGCUGGCGGCGCCAAUCCGGAAUUUGUCUUUGAGGGCUUGUACGGUACACCCGAAGGGGACUUGGAAGGGCUGGCUAGCAUCACUGCUGGAGUUACCUAUUUAGAGGUGCUGGUGGAAAAUCGCUACGUUUCCCACCCUCUCAUUGUUUCUCACGCUGGGGAUGCCAUGUAUCGAAGCAGGAAUGGGAAGAGGCGCGCUAAAGAGGAGAAGGAGAGCGAAUGCGUCGAUACAAUCUGGGAAUUGAUGGGGCUUAUUGGGGCCCUCAAAUGGGCUCGAUCGAAAGGAGCCGCCGGCCAAGCUGAAAUCGAGUCAAUGGGAAUGCCAUCUUUACUGACUGCAUGGGGCCGAACUGUGGGAAGAUCUGCCAUUGCCGACGACCCGGUGGUCGAGAUUGUGACUACGAGCGCUGCGAGACUGCGGAACCUGGUGAACCUCGUCGAAAGAUGA